AACGACGUUGUCAACGUCGUCCUCGUCGAUGCGCAUUCUGUUUCAGAAAAUCAGCUGCUCGUUUUUGGCUUGUCGACUGCGGCCUAACCGUCGUCAUUAAGAGAUUUCCAGGAUGCGCUCUGCAAGCUCUGUCGACCGCGCCGAAGGCCUUGCGAGACCCCACAUUCAAUGGCAUUGCCUUCCAACAGGACCUCACAGCCCGAAGUUCUUCGGGGUCGAAGUAUGAGGCGUGAUGUUAAUAGGAAGAGACAUGCAAUCGCUAGGGGUAUCUUUGCUACUUACGUCUCUCCGCUACUUCUAUUGCCUCUUCAUCUUACCGAGCAAUAUACAGUGAACGCACCGAAUCGUGACCUGAAUGUAUUGCUCUCACGCAAACUUCCUUCGUCCUCACGAUAUUUUGUAACGUCCCUGUAUCAAUCCACUGCAAAAUGGUCUACCCGGCUGGUGAGCAUCGACCAGCUCAAUGACGCCCGCAACACCACCUCGUUCAUAUUCAUGGCCCCUGAUCGCCCGCACCACCCCAGAAAUACGUGCAAAUAUAGCCAGCUCACUCCCAUUGGAAAGCUGCGGAGUCUAGGCGAAUAUUCAGGCGAGCUCGACAGGCGAGGGGCAAUACAACGCGUCGUGGGUGGGCAUGAAGCUGCGGUCCUCAAACAAGAAGCAAAAGGCGAUUUCACCCAUUGCGAGGGAUGAGUCGGCGCUGCA